AUGGUCACGACCUCAGUGAUCAGUCGAGGGUCGGAGACCCUGGAUGCUUUCACGCGGCGCUCACAGCCUAAAAUUGACAUCCACCUGGAUGGCCAAAAGCCCGGUCUGGUCAGCUCAUAUACUACUGGCGACCAAAUUGACGGCACCGUCACCAUCACCGUGGAUCAUGACAUCCGCUUUGACGAAAUCGAGAUUGUCCUGCAAGGUAUGAUUAUCGCUCCGCGUCAGCUUGGUCUCUGCGCGCCAGUCCCUGAUCUCGAUAUAGGCAUCUCCCGAACUACGGUUGAACGAGCUGCUUGUCCCGGACGCACUGGCUCCGAGCACAUGUUUCUGAAGCUCCGCCAGCCCAUUGAAGAGACGGACUACCCGACUCCGCGAAUGUUCGAGGCCGGUCACAAAUACACCUUCGCCUUCCAAUUCGUCAUCCCCGACCAGCUCUUGCCGCAAGUCUGCACUCACAUGCGAAAGAACGACGCUGUUCACCGAUCCCACACCAUGCUCCCGCCGACUCUAGGAGAUCCAAUGUUGGCUGGGAAUGGAAAGUCUCUAUUGGAUGAUAUGGCGCCGGAAAUGAGCCAAAUCUCCUACAUUAUCCGCGCGGGCGUAUUCAGGAGAUCCUCCACGGAUCAGCGCCAGGUAAAGACUCUGGCCAACUUCGCCAAAAAGGUUCGCAUAAUCCCGAUUGUGGAGGAAGAGCCACCGAUCGAUGUGGGAGAUCACCACCAAUACUAUUGCACACGCAAGGAGAAAAGCGUGCGGCGCGGAUUUUUGAGGGGAAAACUGGGUCGAAUGAUUGCCACAACGGUGCAGCCAAAACCAAUCCGUCUUCUCCCACUCAGCUGCGAGGCCCCUGAUACUGUCAGCACUGUUGCCACGGUUCAAUUGCGAUUUGACCCGGUGGGUAACGAGAUGCCACCAAAGCUCGGCUCAAUGACGAGCAAACUCAAGGCCAGCACUUUCUACAGCGCCGGUCCCUGGGAGGACUACCCCUGCCAGUCUGGAAGUAUGCCAUUCUCGCAGGUCGGGCAAGGCCUCUUCAACGAGUCGGUUCCUCUCUCGACCAUGUGCGUUGCAUCUGCACAAUGGCAGAAGCACUCCACGAGUGACUGCGAACGCCGGGGCUCAACCCAGACUACUAGUACUUGCUCCGAAGACUCAACCAGUGUUGGAACAUCGCCCGAAUUUACUGGGGAAACCUACUACACUGCCUCAGUAGUAAUCCCCGUCAACCUUCCCGCCUCGAAGACCUUCGUCCCGACUUUCCACUCGUGCCUCAUGUCGCGCACCUACUCCCUGGACCUGUCGCUCUCUUACCACACCCCAGGCACGAAUGUGCUCACCCCGACAGUGACUUUACGAGUUCCAGUCCAGAUCAUCACUCAGACCAAAUAUGCGUCGUCUGUGAAGUCUGAACUGGGACUGGUUGUGACCCAGGCCGAAUUGGACGAAUACUUUUCUCCACGAUCUGUGACCGCGUCCAUCAACGAGCCUGUGGUCAACGUGAAUCUGGCUCCCCCGGAGUAUUCAGAAGCGACAGCUCGCAGCAUUGUCCGCGCAUGA